CCUUUAUAUACAGGGCACACAUUCCUCACGCUUUCCCAACAACCCCACAUAUCUCAAUCCAAAUAUUGCAGGAAUUAAUUUGUGAGCAGUCAGAUAGCAUUUCAUCAUCAGAAUCAUCAGAAAGCAUGGGUGUUCUUGCAGCCGUUGCUAAAAAUUUGGAUACAUUAAUCGGGCCAGGAGUGAUGCUUCUUUAUCCUUUGUAUGCAUCAAUGCGAGCAAUCGAGAGCCCUUCUGCACUAGACGAUCAGCAGUGGCUAACGUAUUGGGUUAUAUAUUCCUUCAUAACAUUAUUCGAGCUAUCCUGCUGGAAAGUCUUGGCUUGGAUCCCAAUAUGGCCGUAUAUGAAGCUGCUGUUUUGCAUGUGGUUGGUGUUGCCAAUUUACAACGGGGCAGCCUAUAUUUAUGAGAACAUUGUGAGAAAAUAUGUGAAGCUUGGAGGGUAUAUGGUGAACUCAAACAAGCCAGAGGGUCAGAAGAAGGUCCUCCAAAUGAUGAGCCUGGAUGCAAGGAGGUCCGUUGAGCGUUUCAUCGAUCAACAUGGUAUUGAUGCUUUCGAAAGAGUCGUCAAAGCCGUAUGCUGAAAAAGAAGCUAGGAAGUACUGAGGAGAAGCUGAAAAGAGAUCUGGUCUUCUUUUAAUUUUUAUUAUAUAUAUAAUAUGUAAAUGUGAAAACUGUAAGAAACAAAAUGUUCUUCUGCUGCGAUGGACAUGUAGCAGAAACUAACAAUUAAUGUUGUUUUUUUUCUUCUUUGGUCUGACAAUGAAAUUCAAUGAUAUACAUGCAUGGAUUAAAUACA